AUGGCCAACGUAACAGCGGCAGGGGAUUUUUGCGCACAGCCAACGUCUGCAUCUUUUGUCGCCCAGGCGUGUUUUCUUGUCUUCAUAACCGUCACAACCUUACUGGGAAAUCUCUCGGUUUGCUUGACUGUCUUGCUUAAUAGUAGUCUUCACACGUUUACCAGCUAUCUCGUGGCCUCAUUGGCUUGCUCGGAUCUUUUGGUUGCUACUUUGUCGCUGCCAUUUCGCAUUAGUCAGACACUUCAUAAUACCAGAUGGUGCCUAAGUGAAGAAGCGUGUGUGUUCUGGGUAUGGGCUGAUUUAUUCUGCUGCUGUGCGUCCAUCGGCAAUUUAGCUUUGAUAAGCGUCGACCGCUUUUUGGCCACGAAAUACCCCCUCAGAUAUCACUUGAUUGUUACGCGUAAAACGUCCUGGCUGAUGCUCUCAUCGGUUUGGAUUUACUCAUUAAUCGUAGCCUCGUCUGGCUUGACAAACUGGACUGUUCCAUCUGGGGCUCUUGUUGAGACUAAUCACGGCUGUUACAAGCCAGAUCGUUAUUUCUACACUUUUGCUGCCAUUGUGGGUUUCUUUCUCCCACUUUCGAUCAUUGUAUGUGCAUACUGCUACAUUUUUAAAAUCGCCCUGGACCAUGUUCGCGCCAUUUCGAAAAUUACCAUGAUUGUUCUACCAAGUAUACCGCAAAGCAAAGAGAACAACCAAACAUUGUUUAAACAGCAGCUCAAAGCCACCAAGACUUUAGCGAUCGUGGUGGGCGCUUUUGUCAUCUGCUGGAUGCCGACCUUUGUCAUUAUUUUGAUUCAAUCUUGGUGUCAAAGCUGCCUGAAUAGUCAACAAAAUCCUAAAUUAAAGGGCUUGUUUUCUUUCAUCAACGUUGCGUUUGUCUAUACGCUACCAAACAUUAACUCGGCCAUCAAUCCUUUUAUUUACGUCGUUUUCAGCAAGGAUUUGAGGCAGGCUGUUAUCAAGACUUUUAAAGGUCUUUAUCAAGAAAUAUGUGACAUAAGAUCAGCGAGAACGAACCCGGAAAUAACCAGCCUCACGUGA